UGGGUGUCUGUACAGUUUCGGGGGUGUACUUGUGAGAGUGGAAGAGACAGAAAGUUAGAGACACCAAGGCUUUUCCGAGGCUGUUUGAAAAGAGGACAGUGUGGAAGGCAAGAUGAGUGGCUGGUUGAAGGUUCGCUCCUGGUUUACUCUAGUCUCAGGGUUAGUAGAGUGUUUGGGGUUCGCUGGCGCAGUGUUCGGCUGGGCAUCGCUGGUCUUUGUGCUUAAAACUGAGGGCUACUUCAGUGAUCUGUGUGUGAACGCCACCAUAAAUGGAACUGUCAUUGAAGAUUGCAGAGAGCAAGAUGAGCAGUUAUCUCUCAUCUUUACCAUCGCCUCCUUUAUGAACAACUUCCUCACGCUUCCGAAUGGCUUCCUGUUUGAUCACUUUGGGACCACGGCUGCCAGACUACUGGGAACAUCCGUUUACACUGCAGGAAUGUUGUUAAUAGCCUUUUCAAGUCCUGGUAACGCCAUCCUCCUGUUCCCUGCUAUGACCUUCAUCGCUGUGGGGGGAAUUUUGUUCUUGGUCACCAAUAUGCAGGUGGGGAAUCUCUUUGGCAAACAUCGCUCGACUAUAAUCACUCUGUAUAAUGGAGCCUUUGACUCUUCCUCAGCAGUCUUCCUCAUCAUCAAGUUGCUGUUUGAGGAUGGAGUCUCUCUGCGAGGGUCUUUUCUCUUCCUGUCUUGCUGCAGUGUCUUUCAUCUGUUCCGUACAUUUGUGCUGUUGCCACGUACACAUAUCCCAUAUCCCCUCCCUGAGAACUAUUCCUACGGUGUGAAAUGUGGGGAGACUCAGAAUUAUGCCGUUGCAAAGACUGAAGAGAAUAACAUCCUGACUUCCCAGACUGAAGACAAAAAGCCAUUUCAAGAGAAUUCGUCCCUUUGCCAAAACACAGACAAAAUUGAGCGAAGCUUCAUGAGCUGUUUUCUGUCCUGGUCCUUCAUGUGGCAUAUGCUGUGGCUUUCUGUGAUGCAGCUGAGACACUACUUGUUCAUUGGGACCUUAAAUCCAAUGCUGAAUCAUCUUGCUGGUGGAGACCCAGACCUUGUGAGCCGAUAUACAAACGCAUUUGCUUUCACUCAGCUGUGUGGAAUACUGUGUGCUCCCUGGAAUGGCCUUAUCAUGGAUCGCCACAAGGGAAAAGAACGGGAACCAGGACAAAGUGAGCAGGAAUCAGACCUGAAGGCAGCCAUUCUGUCUCUGUCGCUGACUGCCCUUCAGUGUGUGCUGUUUUCAGUGUGCGCCGCCACACCUAUACUCCCAUUGCAAUACCUCACCUUCAUCCUUCAGGUCAUGAACAGAUCAUUCCUCUAUGGGGGAAAUGCUGCCUUCAUCAGUGUGGCGUUUCCACCUGUACACUUUGGAAAGCUGUUUGGAGCGUUGAUGGCUCUCUCAGCCAUUGUGUCUCUGCUCCAGUAUCCCUGUUUCGCUCUUAUAAAAGGACCACUGGGUGGAGACCCUCUCUACGUGAACAUUUUUUUGACCAUUCUGAGUCUCCUGGCCUUCAUCAACCCUCUCUAUGUUUAUCUGCACUGCCGGCGUCAAGCGGCCCAGCGAGCCAAUACCAACAGCAGUGCCUCUUCAUGAGCUCAAUCUGGAAAGGGAAUAUCAACCUGACCUCUGACAUUUUUUAAAUUGCUAUCAGUUACUUGUAUUUUUUUGCCCCCCCCCCUCCCCCUAACCUUUCCAUGCUCUGUUCUACAGAGGUCGACCUUUGAACACAUGAAGGCAUGCAGUUAAUUAUUAUCUGUUCAGAAUAUUUCAGCUGCUCUCCACCAUCUUUACUAAUAUUCUCACACUCAUAGGAGGGAUGCAUGUCAAUAUGCAUGUUCAUACACAUACACAAAUAUUGAGAGUCUCUUGUAAAGAGCACUUGACAAAAGUCAUAUACUGUUAUGUGUUUCUUUAAGGGAAUAUUUCACCUGAUAAUUAAAAUUAUCUCUUUAAUCAUUGAGAAUUGUGCCGUCUCAAACUUGUAUGACUUUCUUUUUUCAGCAGAAUACAAAUGUAACUAUUUUUAUAGAUGAUGUGUUUAUGUACAUACAAUGCAAGUUUAUGGGGUCAGAAACUUUCAAGCUCCAAAAAGGACAUAAAGGCAGCAUAAAUAAUCCACACAUCUCAAGUUGUUUUAUAAAUAAUCCACACAUCUCAAGUGGUUUAAUCCAUGUCUUAUAAAGCGACUGAAUUAUCGCUUUGGGUGAGACAACUGCAUUCUCUCGUGAUCAUGCCUAGACUGCUAAUUGCAAGAUUUGUAGUGAAUAAGGACUAAAAUGUUGGUCUGUUCUCAUCCAAAUCCAAAUCACUUCAAAGGACAUGGAUUAAACUAAUUGUGCUGAUUGGAUUACUUUUAUGCUGUCUUUAUGUCAUUUUAUUAAACAUGAAGGUUUUUGAGUUUGAGAAAGCAUAAGGGUGAGUAAAUGAUGAAAGAAGUCUCUAGUGACUCCAAACCAAAUGGCAAAAAUAAUGAGUGAUUUCAAAGUUUAUAAGACAAAAAUAAAAGGUAUGAAGAUAAAAUAUAUUUUCUUCUCAGCCAAUGUUUGCAAGUUCAUGUGAAUUAUUGUGGUUGUUGGAGCCCUCUGUGGGACACCGAAGGAUUUGCAUUCUCCAAAGUGCUCAUGUACAACAGCUCAUAUAAAAACAAGAGUUUUAUCUUUUUUUUUUUUUUUUUUUUUAUGUAUCAGUAUUACUCAAAUAAAGAAAUUUUUUAUAACACGACUAAUAAAUUAAGCUGAUUUUGUUUUUUUUUGUUUAUUGAUUUCUGAAGCAUACGCCACAUGACCUUCAUUAUUUACCUUCCUGUUUAUUCAUAUGCAUUGUCGCUGUAAAUCUAAAUUGAAUAAAGUAGAGACCCUUUUAUAAAAUAUAAUGGCAGCUAUGUAUUUUCAUGUGUAAAAGCUAAUUUAUACAGUGUACAA